AUGGUGAUAACAAAUCCAGAAAAGAAGGGGUUUUCAUCUCAAGCUAAGAGAUUUCCUUCACAAAUCUCUCUGGAUGACAGUCCAGGACCAGGCAGUUACUGUUCCAUAUCCAGCACUGAAGUAAUUAGUCCUUCCUUCUCAAAGAAGGGCACCACAGGCUUUGUUGCGUCCAAGGUUGCCAAGGGUUACAGUAACCCACAGAGAUCCAUCCCAGGACCAAAUAAAUACAACCUGCAGAGUUCCUUUAUAAACAAGUAUGACUUCAACAUGGGAGUGUCCCGAGUGUUCAGGCUGCCUCUGGCUGUGCAGCUGGGUGGACUGAAGCAUAUCAUGCCAGCACCGAAUCAAUAUGACGUAUGCACCUUGAGUGUCAGCUGUGGAAGUGGAGAGAGAAUCUCCUCAGUGUUCGGUUCAUCAGCUUUCAUCUCAAGAACCGGACGCGGCCCGUUCUGCCCGAACAAAUAUGUGCCGUCGCCGUGCCACUAUGACGUGAGCAGCCACUCAAUUCAACGUGGCUCCAAGGCAGUUUUGUCCCCCUUCAAAUCAAAAACAAAGAGAAUCCCUGCUCUAGUGGACAAUCAUGUGCCUGGUCCAGGAGCCUACAGUCCUCAUCAGGCUCCCGCACCAGUGAAGAAGACCAUCUUACCGAGGGCUUGUUGUUUGACGAUAGCAGAGCCUCCUGUGAUUGUCCCAAAGAAUCCACCCUUCCUGGGCCCUGGGCAGUAUGAUAUAGGGAGUUAUGAUGGUGUGUCCAAGCAUCCCAUGCCCACUGCUGCAUUUGCUUCUAAGACUGAAAGAGUAUUCAAAUACUCACAGGGCGACACAAGGCCAGGUCCAGGGUUCUAUGAUCCACAGAUUCUGUCAAAGCAGUCCUUCAUUUAUAACGAUUCCUCAGUCUGGAUCCCCGUAUGAAGCUUUCGUAAGACAUCAAUUCACUGAUUACUUUAUAUCUGAUUCUUAUUCAAAUGUUUUAUGAAAGGUCUGUGUUGGUAUGUCUAAAACUGUGACUUUUAAAUGUAAACAAAUACAUUCAAAUCAGUGUCAGAUGAGUUCAGACAGCUGAUAAAGCUUCACACGACUCUGUGUUUCUCAGUAUAGUGGUGUUUAGAUCUUUGUGUCACCCGGUGACAUUGAUCUGUCUUAUAUCAAGAGCGAUGGAGGCAACAGCAACAUUGAGGUAGUAAAGCGAGACGACUGAAAGCACAACGAAGCGCUCAGUACGCGGCUGUUCAGUAGUUUGACGGGAUAAUCGCCUCUUGUCCCCGCCCACCCCUGCGCUGCCACUGUAUACACACAAACGCU